AUGGCGGACCUUGUCGAGAGGGCCAGAACAUGGCUUGCAAGAGAUCCCGACGAGACGACGCGCAGCCAGUUGUCCAAGUACAUAGAAGCGGGCGACCAAGAGGCGCUCGCGCAGGCCUUCAAUGACCGGCUCUCGUUCGGAACGGCUGGCCUUCGAGGCCUCAUGGGAGUUGGGCCGAACAACAUGAAUCGCUUGGUCAUUCGCGAGACAACAGCAGGCUUGGCCAGCUUCUUAAGAGAAGCAAAGCUUGACGAUGGGCCAAGACAACGGGUCGUCAUUGCUUACGAUGGCCGACACGGAUCAAAGGGGUUUGCCAGCGACGCUGCAGGUGUGCUUGCUGCCCUUGACGUUGAUGUCCUCCUUUUCGAUACCACGGCACCCACGCCCUUGUGCGGUUUUGCUGUCAAGAAGCUAGGAACCGCCGCUGGAAUCGUCGUCACGGCUUCCCACAACCCACCUGCAUACAACGGCUACAAGGUCUACCGAAGAGGCGGGACACAAAUUAACGACCCUGUGGAUGGCCAGAUUGCAGCAAAAAUUGCAGAGGUCGCAGCCCAGAAAGAAGCGCCCGCGUGCCUCUCGCUUGAGGAGGCGAAGAAGCUAGGCAGACUCGUCUACCUUUCUCAGGAGAUGUUUGACGACUACAUCAACAGUGUCCUUGUCGGUGUUUCUCCCUUCAAGGUUAUAUCUGGUGAUGCUGGUGCAAGCAGCCGACCUGACAAUGCAGUCGAACGGGCCAAGUUUGGCAUCGCAUACACUCCUCUGCAUGGAGUAGGAGCGCCCAUCGCAGAAGCCCUGUUCGCAAGGCGCGGUUUCACCAGCGUCUGGACUGUUGCAGAGCAGCGGGAGCCCGAUGGUAACUUCCCCACUGUCGAAUUCCCCAACCCAGAGGAGCCAGGAGCGACGGACCUUGUCAUGAAGCUUGCCGAUGCUCACGAUGCGCAGAUUGCCAUUGCAAACGACCCGGAUGCCGACCGGCUGUGUGCAUGCGCCAGGGACAGCUCGGGUCAAAUGCGGCAGCUGACUGGCGACCAGCUGGGCUCGCUCCUCGGCGAUGCACUUCUCGAGCGGGCCGCAUCGCAGGUUGACCCACGAAAGACGCUGGCCGUGCGGAGCACCAUUGUCUCGUCGCGAAUUCUGGCUCGGCUUGCUCAGAAAAGGGGCGAGCGAGUCCAGCACAGGGAGACGCUGACCGGCUUCAAGUGGCUGGGACCUGCAGCCGAGCGGGCGACGCAAAGAGGCGAACAAUUCGUUUUUGGCUACGAGGAGGCCCUGGGGUACAUGGCCUGCGACGUAGUGUAUGACAAGGAUGGCCUCUCCGGACUCGUCGCCAUUGCGGAGCUGGCGUAUGCCCUGUACAGGCAAGGCUUGACGCUGUGGGAUCGCCUCGAGGAGAUUCAUCGCGCCGUCGGGCUGAGCGUCACGAUGCAGCGAACCAUCAAGCUCCAGCCAGGGACGUCAGGAAGCACGAUCAUGAAGCGCUUGCGAGCCGACAAGCCGCAAAAGGUGGGCUCAUUCCCCCUGGCCCUUGUCGAUGAUCUCAUCGAGAGGCCAACAAAAGCAGAAGCUGGUGAAGAGCACGUCCCUCGCAAUGAUGUCUUGCGAUACUACGUUGGCACACCUGAAGGCCGCCACACGAAGGAGGACAUUAUGCUGUCAGCGCCACGGAUCAUCGUCAGACCUAGUGGGACAGAGCCAAAGGUGAAGAUCUACUGCGAGAUGCUCGGCACCGUUGGCGGUGACGAAGCUUACGACAAGGCCAGUGCUAGGGUGACCAAGGAUCUCACGUCGAUCGUCGAUGCAUUCCACCACUGGAUGAGCGGCGAGACGCCACCGAAAGCGCCUUCAACUAGAGGCUCGCUCGUCCAACAAGUGUUUUCGGCCUUUCCCAUCGUCAAUUUUGCGCCGGCACAGCUGUCUCAGACAUUCCCCAAGAAGCACACAACGGUCCUCUACGUUGCAGCUUCGCAUCCAGGCCCGCGAAAGUGGGCGAGCAGCGAUCCCAGUUGCCUGGCGUGGCAAAUGCAGCUUCUCUUCCGUGGCGUCGACUUUGUAUGCGAACAUGUCGACGAGGACACUGAGCUGCUUGGGGGGCUUGGAAAACUGCCGUUCGUGGUGCUGGCCAACGGCAACCGUGUGGGCAAGGCCCAGCUAGGCAGGUGGGCAGACCAUUUUGCGCCUCUACACCGCAAUGGGCCCUCCGAUGAGCAGCAGUUGCAUUCGCCAGAGGUCGCACUAUGGGAGAGUCUCAUUGGUGGGCCAAUCCUUGCUGGUGUCCUACUCGAAGUGCUCAGCCUUCCAAGACCACCAAGCAAGCCCCUUCCUACGUUUUCUGGUUUCGUUCGUUCCUCGUUGGACACCUCCCGUCGCAAGCGAAUGCUUGCAGAGAUCAGCGCCCUGCAACGACAUCAAACGGGACCGACAAGCAGGGUACCAGGCUGGAAGACGACUUUAGAGGGUCUCAUUGGAUCAGGCCCCGCCUCAGUUUUUUCGACGGGCUCUGCGCCUGAUGAGGACGAGGAAGACGAGGACACAUGGUCGGGCGAAGCAGCUCUCCUCGACGAGAGAACGAUCCGUCGCGACGCUGUUCAGGCCAUCAGGGCGCUCUCUGGAGAGCUUCAAGACGAAUGGAGAGAUGUCGAGGAAGCUGAUAGGUGGGUGGACGGGCAGGGGCGUUUGGACGCUUCGCUAUUUGCCAUCCUCCACACGAUUUUGUCCCUGCCCAUUGACUCGGUCUCGGAGCUGCGGACUGCAGUUCUCGAGGAGCCUGUGCUCACCAGCUGGACGAGGAGAAUCUGGUCCAAAUAUGUAAAGGCAAGAGGUGGCUAG